GAGAAGGCAGGGCACGAACCCGCAGAACUAGUGAGAGCACAGAGGAUGCCAUGUGUGCAGGUCCCAGGCUGGCCGCCCGGAGGUGCCACCACCACUCCACAAGUCUUCUGUGUGACCCCCUCACCAUGACGACCCCCUCAUAAACUCCACUUCUAGCAACUGGCCAACAUUUGGAAAGAGCCAUCCAGGACUUGCUGUGGAGUUCUCAGACCGCUGGAGAUGUCUAAGCCGGUGGACCAUGUGAAGAGACCUAUGAACGCUUUCAUGGUGUGGUCCAGAGCUCAGAGGAGGAAAAUGGCCCAGGAGAACCCCAAAAUGCACAACUCGGAAAUCAGCAAGAGGCUGGGGGCAGAAUGGAAGCUGCUGACGGAGUCGGAGAAGAGACCCUUCAUAGACGAGGCCAAGAGGCUGCGAGCCAUGCACAUGAAGGAGCACCCGGACUACAAGUACCGGCCCCGCAGGAAGCCCAAGACUCUGCUCAAGAAGGACAAGUUUGCUUUCCCUAUGCCGUACAGCCUGGCCGGGGACCAUGAGGGGCUGAAGGCUGUCGGUAUACACGGUGCCGGGGUACUUACUGACUCUUUGCUCUCCAACCCUGAGAAGGCGGCUGCAGCGGCGGCGGCGGCGGCCGCGCGCGUCUUCUUCCCCCCCUCAGCAGCGGCUGCGGCGGCGGCCUCCAGUCACUACUCCCUAUUUGACCUGAGCUCCAAGAUGGCAGAGAUCACAUCCAGCUCUUCCUCCCUCCCUUAUGCUUCAUCUAUCGGAUACCCACAGUCCAGCGGAGGGGGCUUCCCGGGGGUGGCAGCGGCGGCAGCUGCGGCAGCGGCUGCCAGUGGUGGGCACACUCACUCUCACCCCUCUCCUGGAAACCCCGGCUACAUGAUCCCCUGUAACUGCACGGGGUGGCCCAGUCACGGACUGCAGCCCCCCUUAGCCUACAUCCUCUUCCCAGGAAUGGGGAAACCUCAGUUGGACCCUUACCCUGCCACAGCUUAUGCAGCAGCAUUAUGACAGCAUGGCAGCCCUUGGCAGGGCACCGUCACCUCGGCACCCAGGUGUCACUCCAUGUGGGACAUAUGAACUCGCUCCUGGGAAGUCCUGUGUGUGGAAUUUCUAGCGCUCAUGCACCAUGGUUGGGUAUUUGUCUUUUUCUAUGCUGUGAAAAUAUGGAAAUAUGUGAGCAUUUGUGAUGAUGGCACAGGUCAUCUGUGGUACCGACUGUGCAUACCAUGCUCCUUCAGUGUGGAGGUGCUUGUGGUCAUCAAAGUCCUAUGCAAGUCCCUCUACUACUGAAUCGGUGGGGAGAAGGUCGCCCCAACAAGCAAAGAACAUUUCAGAAGUCACCUUUUGCCUCUUUCUGCACUUGUAAGAUGAAAUGGACUCCAUGAUCUUCCCCUGCAUGCACUUGCUGGACGCUCAAGAAAGCUUUUUUUUUUUGGAGUUGGGAUGUUGUACCUCCAUAAAAAAUAAUGGUACCCCUGCCUUGGUGCAGAGCUAUCUAUGAGUAGAGAAGGAUCGUCUAACGAUGCUCUGACCUGUCAUAGGUACUUACCUACCUAGGUCACACUGGAAAGCAGGGUCUUGAAGAUAAGUGUAUAUGUGUACAUUGAAAACGCUAGGUCUGUAAAGAAAACUUGCUGCUCACUAAUAAUUCCGAGUCUAAAUUCUAGAAAAGAUAAACUAUAUGUGACUCUUAAAUUCGUUUCUCUAUGUUCCAGACAUUUAUAUUUAUUCUUUAGAAGAGUAUAAAGUGUUUGCCCCCAGACGGUCUAAAGGUGGAGUCUCCAUCUCUGAUUUCUUGGUGGCCCAGAAGGUCCAUUUCUGUAGUAGCUUACAGUAGACCAUGGAGUCUCAUCCAGUCACUUCUUUAGUUCUGGUUUCUUUUUGUAAGGUGUACAACUUGACUAAUAUUUGUGAAUGGA